UGUUAUAACACACUAGUGCAUCUAGUUUGGGGUGAAUUAUUUCUUUUUUUCGUUUUUCUAAGCUAAAGCAGUUCGGUUAUCUACGAAAAUGCAAAUUUUUACAGCCAUCGGAUUCUUGUUAGCAAGCUUCAGCUCUUUAGCAACAAGAGCGGUGGUAGCUGAUGAGUCAAACAUCACGUAUAACGUCAUUUAUAAUGUUCCUGAUAAUCAAACACUCGCUGUUGUUCUUGAUAAUCACCAGGUAUACCCUUUAAACGACACUAGUAAAGCGACACCUUUACUUCAUAUGGGCCAAGCACCUCGUCCUCUAAAUGAAUAUAAAUACGGCAUUCUCGAUAAACAUACCAAUGAUAUCAUUAGUCAAGAACCAUUCACUCGCCAUCUCCCUUCCAGUAACACGAGCAGCACUUUGAAUGAGCACUUUAACAGAACGUGGACUGUUGCGGAUGAAUAUCAACUUCCCAGUGUCUUUGAACCUUUACCAGUGAUCCAUCGUAUUGACUCCAAAAUACAUAUCCCUGGACAGAUUCCGACCAUCCAUAUCAUGGGUAAUUCAACAGGUAUUGAUUAUAUGCAAAGUCAUCAAUUGACAGAUAUUGACGUUGAGGGUUUGAAAAUGGCGUAUAUCAGCGCUGAAGAGGUGAAAACGUUUGAUGGUGUUAGAUUCUCCGUUUCUGGCCAUUCUACCCGCAAUAUGCCUAAGCUUGCUUAUUCUAUCAAGCUCCCCAAAAAACAAGACCUUUAUAACUACCGUCGUUUUAAACUAAGGGCUAACGCAAUGGAUCCUUCUUAUAUGAAAGAAAAUAUCGGUUACUCUGUAGCCAAUGCUGUUGGUCUACCAGCCUCCGAGUACAGCUAUGUUCGUCUUUAUAUCAAUAAUCAACCAAUCGGUUUAUUUGGUUUUGUUGAACAUUUGAAAAAUCCCUGGAUCAGGAAUGAGUUUGCCAACGGCGAUAAAGACUACAAACAGGGUGCUCUUUAUGUUGGUGGUAAAGAAGGUUUAUUGAAUUUCACUAACAAGGAGCAGACCUCUAACGAAAGCGAAGGCGAAAGCGAAAUUACGAAUAAUUACAAGCCUGACUUUUCUUAUUUUGGCACCAAUCUCAGUUUAUAUGAAGAAUAUUAUCCUGUAAAAGAAGAUCCUUCCAAGGGGAAAGCUAAUUACACACGUAUCAUGGAAUUCACCAAGUUCCUUUCAGAACAAUCAAAUACCACUGCCGUUGAUAAUUCAAUGGCGCCACGAUGGGAACAAUAUAUUGAUGUUGAGAGUUUCUUGCGUACUUUCGCUUUAGAAGUGCUUAUCAUGGAUACAGAUGGUUAUAUUGCCAACGCUAACAACUUUGUCCUUUAUGAUGAUUUGAAUGCUGAUCGACUCGUUAUGUCUGAUCAAGAUUUUGAUUUGUCUUGCGGCACCAUUCUUCCUCAACUCAAUUCAACCUUCAUGUAUAGUGGCAACUAUUCUGAUUUCCCUGGAUUAUUGACUCAACCCUUAACAAGUAAAAUGCUGAAGGUUCCUCAAUUCAAAGAUAGAUUUAAUCAGAUAUUGCGAAACUACACAAAAGGACUCUUUGCCAAUGCCGCUAUUCAAAAACGUAUUGAUUCCCUGUAUAACUUGCUCAAGGAGGACGUAGCGUGGGAUAAGAGUUUGCCUCCUGUUGGUAAAUUCCUAAUCCCUCUUCCUGCAAACAUGACAGGUUCUGCUGAUCCAUCAGCAUUUUUCAGAGAUUUCUCCUUUGAAAAGGCUGUUUAUGGUCCUAUUUCUAUUCCUAUGAUCCAACAACAUUCCAUUGCCGAGUGGGCAAAGAUUCGUGGUGAUAACCUCGAGGAAUUUUUCAAUAAAACCAACAUCAAUACCACCACCUUCGCAUCUUAGAUAAUCAUUUUCGUCUUUUAUUGAAACAGUGUUUUUGUUAGAUUAUAUCUUGUUCUUCAAAUUGUAAAAUAACGUAUAUUGGGUCUUUUAUAAGGGCUCUUUCAUUGUUUAUCAGUUAAGAAAUAAAAUAAAUUGAUCUGUUCUUAAAGAUAAUAAAUCAAUAGGACUUUCAUGGCGAUGUUGCACCUAUAGCAUCAUUCAAAUUUUGUCAAAUUAAACAUUACCGCCUAUUCUUCUGCCGUUACUAUUU